AAUUCGAAUAAGUUACCCGACUUCGGGAAACUACGAGUUAUCGAACGGAAAACGGGCCGGACAGCGGGUCGGACGACAGACUCCGGACAAACAGGCCGAAUGACCGAGCAAACGGGACUCGAAACUUCUCGAAAGAUGCUGCUCGCGAACCGAGGGC